UUUGGGGUAGUGGCAGGGGUCAGCACGAGCGCAGUGCAAUGCCCGCGCCUCUCCCUGGGGGCACCGCCAUCUUGACCACGGUCACCCCGACACCAGUUUGGGGUAGUGGCAGGGGUCAGCACGAGCGCAGUGCAAUGCCCGCGCCUCUCCCUGGGGGCACCGCCAUCUUGACCACGGUCACCCCGACACCAGUUUGGGGUAGUGGCAGGGGUCAGCACGAGCGCAGUGCAAUGCCCGCGCCUCUCCCUGGGGGCACCGCCAUCUUGACCACGGUCACCCCGACACCAGUUUGGGGUAGUGGCAGGGGUCAGCACGAGCGCAGUGCAAUGCCCGCGCCUCUCCCUGGGGGCACCGCCAUCUUGACCACGGUCACCCCGACACCAGUUUGGGGUAGUGGCAGGGGUCAGCACGAGCGCAGUGCAAUGCCCGCGCCUCUCCCUGGGGGCACCGCCAUCUUGACCACGGUCACCCCGACACCAGUUUGGGGUAGUGGCAGGGGUCAGCACGAGCGCAGUGCAAUGCCCGCGCCUCUCCCUGGGGGCACCGCCAUCUUGACCACGGUCACCCCGACACCAGUUUGGGGUAGUGGCAGGGGUCAGCACGAGCGCAGUGCAAUGCCCGCGCCUCUCCCUGGGGGCACCGCCAUCUUGACCACGGUCACCCCGACACCAG